ACACACACACACACAGGCACAUGUCGGAGCAGGUUUCCGUCGGGGAGCUGCGGAGCGGCCGACCCACGGACGGACAGCAGGGCCCGGCUGCUCCGCGGUGACCCGCCGUGUGGGGAGAAGGGGUUGUGUGGACGUGGGCCGGGCGAGGGCCAUCUGUCGGGGGACGGCGACAUGUGGACGGCCGGCGCGUCCGUGGCCCUUUAAGAAACUCCAUGUUUUCGCUACUUGAUGCGUCAACAUAAAAAGCGGAUGAUGCUGUUAUGUAAAAACACGCUGAAGUGACUCGUAGUUCGCGGGGAGCUCCGCCGACAGCACCCGCACGCCUCGUCGCGCACGGUGCGGACUUUCAAGUGUUGCUCUCCAUUUGCGGGUGUUUUUACGCGCAGCGCAGCGCACGCAGCGGCGCGGUCCGGAGUGGACCGAGGAGACGGAGGGGCUUCAGCCGACCCGCUCAACAUGAGUCGCCCUUCCACUCCGUGUUCCUCCUUCGCUCGCGGGAAGCGCACACCUGACGCAUCAGCCCGUCGCCCCGUGGAAGUGGCCCCCCGCUCGUUGUGAGGGACCGUCCACCGCUGCAGAUCUUCAGAGAAGCAGAGAGUGUAUGGACCCAUCGGAUGAUCCAUGACACACUGAAGGCCCUGUCUGAGCUGAAACACACCAUCGUAAGACCCCGUGGAUGAAGAAGAGGUGGUGUAUCUGCUCCCGGACUGAGACCAUGGCGAAAGCUCAGCGGAGCCAGCCAGUGAAAUGUGGGCAGCCCCAGAAGGAGAAGGGAGGCAAGGAAAAAGGAGGUGGUGUGAAAAAGGGGAAAGAGAGAAAGAAUGAGCUGAAAGGGAAGAAAAAGAAUGACAAGAAAGAGUCACACCGAAGUAGGAAGAAGACGCUGGCUGUGGGCGAUGGAGAUGCACUGGACUGCUGCGUCCUGCUCACCCGUCUGGAGGAGAAAGGAGUUGAGGGUCAAGAAAGGUAUGCACCAAAAGCUGGGAAACAAAAGGGUGUAAAAGGCAAAAAGAAGCUGCACUCCAGCUCCAUUCAAAGACGGACCAAAUCUGGACUAAAGAAAACUUCCACAGCCAAUCAGCAAGCACUGGAACCAAAUAUCAACCCAUCUGAAGCCUUACUCGUGUUGCCCACACCUUUCCUUGAGCCCCGCAGGCGGAGAAUGGCCUCUCUUAAUGCUGAGGCUGUCAACAGCCUGCUGCUCUACAGAGACCAUUCUGCAACGUCAAAUAUCACGAAGAAACAACAGGCUUCUCAAGAACAUCCAGCUAAAGAUAGUCUCACUAAAACUGAACAUAGAGAUCAUAAAACCAAAAAGGUUUCUUCAGGAGGGAAAGCAGCACUGAAAGAAAAACCUAAAAAACAGAAGCGCUCGUCAGUGGAAGCUCUGAACAUCGACUGGCUGAGUUUGCUCACGCCAACCCCUCGGCGUCAGGCAGGCCUCACUGCUGCAGCACUGCUCAAACUCACCAGUGCCCCGUAUGGAACCAAACGGCAAAAGAAGUCGGAGACCAAGGCGGCGAGCGGAAGUGAAGCAGCAGCCACGACUCAGGAUGAGAUUAGCGGCAAAGCCUCUAGUGGAGGAACAAUGCAGACCAAAAGAACAAUGCAUCCCAAACGCGAGGAGCAACUAAAGCACAGGCAACAGGGUACAGACGAUCCGGUCCACUCCCAGCUGGGCCCUAACACCCAGGGAUGCUGUAGUUUAUGUAAAACAGAGGCUUUGGAUCCCGAGUGGAAGGACGCCACAGGGGGGCAGGAGUGUCUCAGACACGCUCUCCACUGCGGCUCUGCACUGGGAUUCUCCUUAAAAACAAUCAAAGAGGAGCAGGUGGAGACCAAGGUGUCUUCCUGCUACUGCUGCUCCCAGGAGAGGUGUGUGGAGUACUGUCACCGACUCGCCCUCUUCCUGGAGGACAAGACCUUCAAGGAACCGAAGGACGGCCCGCUGUCCGACGUGUUCCACCACCACCAUCACCACCACCAUCAUCUCCAUCACCAUCUUCAGUCGCCUCAUUCUGUAGCCCACCCAGCAGCCAUAACCAUCAGCCCGCACACGUACACCUGUUUCCCCGGCUACUACGUCCACUUCAGCCACCCGGACACCUCCCGCUCACCUGUGUCACCCCUCGCUUUAUGCCCAGGGAGUGGCAAGAGACCCACACUACUCCCCAGCACAGGUCCGCAGCCCUCAGGGAUUAGCCAUCCGGUUUAUUGUUGCACAUCAGUGGAGGCAUGCUGCGGGAAACCCUGCGGGAUCAACAGCUACUCUGCUUACACCAGUGUGAUUCCAGCCAUCACCAGAGGAGGGUGCUCCUUCAGCCCUGCAGACUGCACAAACUGUAACCAUGGCAUCAAAAGAGAUGACUACUCGUCGACCCCCAGUGACCAUCACAGCCCCUCCUCCGUCCCCAUCUCCCCCAGCCCCAGAACCCUCACUGGCUGCCCCGUUCCCACUGUGCCUCCAGCCGGCCAAUCAGUGCCCCAUGUUCAGACGCCGCUGUCCGACCCCAGCGAGCCGCAGCCUCCGCUGCAGGUGGCGAAGGAGUGUCCGCAGAGUGCCAAGCCGCCCAGCGGGUCGAGGUCUGGCGUACGUGGCGACGGCAGCAUCAGAUCGGCUGUCUGCCCUCUCAACAGGGACAAGAAACAGAAGCUCAGCUCUGCCGGUGUCAGAGAGCGAUCGGUUGCCAAGCAGCCGAAGAAUGGCCGCCAAAAAACCACCAACGGCUGGCGGCCAGUUGGCGCGCCCUUUCAGAAGGAUGUUUUCUCUGUGGGAGAGGAGGCCCUUGUGCUGAGGAAGUGUUUUGAGGGAGUCCAGAGGGAUGGGGAGCUGAUUCGGGUCAGAGACACUGUUCUGCUGAAAUCUGGGCCGAGGAAGAAGUCUCUGCCUUACGUUGCCAAGAUCUCCUCACUGUGGGAAGAGCCAGAGUCAGGAGAGCUGAUGAUGAGUUUGUUUUGGUACUACCGUCCAGAACACACACAGGGGGGACGCAACCCCAGCACACAUUGUGAGAAUGAGAUCUUUGCGUCUCGUCACCAGGAUGUAAACAGCGUGGCCUGUAUUGAAGACAAAUGCUAUGUCCUAACAUUGGCUCAGUAUUGUCGAUUUUGUGCCUUGGUAAAACGCCGCAGGGAAGGUGUACGUGACAGUGCCGCCUCCCUCGUGGUGCCACCCAUUGUUGGCAACGCCAUGCCCACCCACCACUGUGUGCCCGAUGACAUCGACCCCGAGCUGGUGUUUUUCAGUCGACACGUCUAUGACUUCCGCUAUGGGCGCCUGCUGAAGAACCUGCAGUAGCAUCUGAUGGGCAUGGCAUAUUAUGCUAUGGGACGUGAGCUAAUGUUACUCUGGUUUCAUCCUCCACCACGUUAAUUAGCUACAAACCUACCUGCUGCCUCUGUGAGAGAGGAACUGGAAGUUUAGGAUGAAGGAGACAUGAGCUUAUUUUUAUUUGAAAUCUCUUGUUCAUACUCAACACGCCACGCAUUUAUUUAGUAAGAGUAAUGGUCUGACAUACAGUAUUGUAUAAGAGUUAUUAUGGCAGUGUAUUUGGGCUUUAUCAUACAUGGCUCUCUGGUGUCGUAGCAGCUAUGUGAAGAACCUGGAAUGUACUCUGCUGUAGAAAAUGCUACUGUAGCUCUUAGAAAUGUGACAUUUGAUAUAUAUAUAUAUAUAUAUAAGGAGAUGUUGAUAUUAUAUGUGAAAAAUGUUACUGUCAGCCUGCAGAUAUGAGACACACAAAGUAUCAGUGACACGCUACAGAUAAAGAAGAUUUCUGAGUGACUUGAUCACAUUCAUCAUUCUGGUUUGGAUAAGAGCCACGCUACUGUAGCUGUUUCCCCUUAUUUCCAGUCUCUGGUCUAAACUGAGUUAACUGGCUGUUGGCUCUGGCUACAUAUUCACCACACAGGCGUAAAUCUUAGCGAGAAAGCAAAUAAGCAUAUUUCCCACAUUUAAAAAAAAAAAUCUAUUAUUUUACAUUUCCAUUUUCAUGUAAGUUUGAUUGACUCGUAGGUCUAUGUAGUCAACUCUGAACACAGAUGUGAAGAAAGGUCUUGAUCAGAUGAUUUGAUCAAAUACACUCACUGAUCAGUUUUGUGCACAGCAGACGGUGACAUGUUUUUCCCCACAUCCGCAGUGAGUUUCUUAGACGAUUAAAGUUUUUAUGACAUAUCUGUAAUUCUGGAAAUUCAUCUCGGUGGUGAUUUUCGAACUGUAGUACAGAUGUGCACGGUUGAGUUAGUUUGGUUUUGUAGUGAGAUGUCGUCCAACGAGCCGAGCAUUUAGGGGAUAUUUGUUAUGCCAAUGCUGAGGAAUAUUUUACUUUCUUAAAGCUGUUUGCUAGAGGUGUGAUUUGACCCUGGUGUCAGCUAACUGUAUAUUUGCAUUUAUAUGUCUGGAUGAGUGUUUGCAUCCGGCAGACGGCAACAGUUAGUCACCUAUAUUCUUGUUUCUUCACUGAUGAGAUGCUGAGUAAUGUAUUCAGUGUAGCAUUUAGAUCUCUGAUAAUUAUUCAUUCCUAUGUUUGAGAGAAGAUGUGUAUUUAUUUCUGUACUGAGAAAAUAUAAUUUAUUUUCGAAAGAUAAUUUUAAAGGAUAGAGUAUUAGAUGAAUGGCUUUCAUUCCUGGCUAGAACGCAGGUCAAAGCUGUCUCCUCAUUAGCUGCACUGUCUACGAUGAAAAGCGUGUGUCAUUCGCAAUAGUGUCUCUGUGACUGGUUGCGCUUGCUUUCCCAAUAGGAGCCUGAAAAGUGUUGUGUUGAGAUGUUAAAGUUGUUCAGGUAGAUUUUAAGGACACACCUGGAGUAUUUGGAAGGAUAUCAGAUACAGUUUGAAGGACACCUGUUAACAUGUGACCAGAUGCUUAACUCGCAGGACCAAAACGUACGUUGGCCCCUCCCAGCUUCCUGUCAGUCUCCCGUCACGUCUCCUCAGAUGAUGAAGCUUUGCCUCCUCACCUUUAAUUGCUCAAUGCUGAAAUGAUUUGAACGUACCUUGCCAUUAGCCUGUGCCCUUGAUCUUGCUGCCUUAUAGAACAUUCCCAGCCUUUCAUGUAGAAACGUGUACCAAUCUCAGCCUGGGGAUUAUGAAACAUAUUAGUGUGCUGAUCUUGAUUCCUAGAUGCUCAGUAUGCAUCUCCGGUCCAUCUCAUACAUAUGAUCAGUAACGUAAAAACUGAAAAUCUUUUGUUUUGACUUUGUCUACACAUGCUUUAUUUAAGCUGAAGUGGACCUUUUGUAUUGAACAGAAGAUUAGGUCACUGUAAAAAGAGUAGUUUGACAUUUUGAAAAAUGUGUGGCUGUAGCUUCAUACAGACAUCAGAGCAGUCUUGGUCUUUUCAUCUUACUCUCUCCAACAAGGUGGAGUUUUUUUUCACUGAAUGUCAAAACAUUUCCUGUAAGUAUGUCGUUUUUAUCUUUCUCAAAUGUCCGAAUCUGUGGUCAGCUUGGUUUGUUACAGUCGCUAUGAAUUCUCCUCAGUUUGGAACAAAAAGUCCAAAGAGAAUCCUCAAAUUAAUUCUUCACCAUAAUCCAGAUUAACUGUCCAUCUGGAUGCUCAUAUUCCAAACAGUCCAGUGUUUGCCAAAAUAUUGCUAAAGAAACUCUUUCGCAGAGCUUUGUGGUCGGUGGCACACUACAUGUGAUGACAGAGUGAUGUUGAUUUUUUUUUUGUAAUUUAUAAAAAAUAUCAUCCACUGUAAUUACUCAAUGGAUUAAUAUCUGACUUUCAAACAAGUCUCGUUGGAUUAAUAAAUUCAUAUUGGUUAAUUCAAUUCAGUAGGCUUAAUUGGAGAGAACAGACCCUGCCAUUUCUAUUCGCCUUUUCUCAGUAAACCAAAGGUUAUCGGCCUGUUUUUUUAAAAAGGUAGAAAGUCCUCUCCACGGAUCGACGCAUUUUAUUGAAUAUUGAAGUUUGAUGGGUAGAGUAAAGCCACACAGCACAAUACUACAAGGCAGAAUUGGGUAAACUACAUUUGGUUUUAUUUCUGUUUCAAGGCCCACUGGGUGUUCCUGGUUCAGUAUUAGAAACCACAACAGACCACUGGGCCACAACAUUAACACCAGAAACUGGUGUGACAACAUUAACACUAGUAGCUGGUGUUAAUGUUGUGGCAGAUCAGUGUAUAUCCAUGGGCUGGUUUUAAAGAGGGAGAGUUGGAGAGUUAAUUCUGAACCACCGCUUAACAGUGAUUUAAAGCUUUUGCCUUGACAAAGUCAAAACUGUGUCCAUCUGCUGAUCAGUGUAUGAUGGCCUCGGGAAUCAUUCAGCAAACUAAUUCUGUUUAAUCAAGAUGUGUGAUACUUAUGUCUUAGCUGGUCCUCUGUGCCUGUUCCAAUUAACCCGUAUAUAUUCCAAGCGUUUUCCAUGAAGAGAAGCACGAGCGGUUGCUGUUGUUUUUAUUCACCUUACGAAUGCCUUUCAUUUUUGUCAGAUGAUCCUGCUCUGAUCUUGAAUCACCACAAAGAAAUGUUUGCACCAAAAUGAGAAAGAUAGAGAGAGACAGAGGAAGGUAUUGUGACAUGAAUUUAACUUCAUUCCCAGGUGUACAAAAAUCUAAACUUUGGUUCUUAUGUGAAUUUAUGUUCGUAUUCUUUGCAUGGCGUUUUUAGAAAUAUCUUGGAAAUAUUAAUCACAACACAGAUUAUUUGUAUGGUUUCAAAUGGACCUCUGUAAUAUAAGAAAAAUAUUUAAUUGUAAUAAAUAAUAUAUGAGUUUGAA